AAGAAACCAACUUCAGCCUAAACCUGACACUUCACCUGUAUGCCCACCAGCCACAGUAUGAACCAGGCUGGACCUACUACUUGUAACCCGCCCAUCUAUACUUUUAUUACUAGCGCCCACGUUUACCCAUCUACCCGCACAUAAGCGACUGUCUGCCCAUUCUAAAGAUGGCGCAGCUUCUUUUAACCUGUCUCCGCAGUGCGUCGACGAGAGUUUGCCAGGAAGAAAAAUGGCGGCAGUAACAUCAGGUUCACUGUAGAUGCCAGCUGCGCUAUAACCUUUACCCUGUUGGCAAGGGGCGUGGUAAUGGUUCCCAGCAAGCCGCCAUAUUGCCUGUUGUCCUGUCCAAGGGGUAUAGGUCUGGAUUGUUGCCUUUGGAAAUUAAAUUUGGCGUCGGAACGAGCUGUGGAAGUUCGGGAGGCCGCGGGAAGAGACGAGCCAUGACCAGGAGGCGGAACAAGCAAGGAAGCCUCAGAAGGGAGCGGGCGCCGGGGCAGCAGAGGCCGGGGAAGGGGUCCCCCUCUUCUGAUGGACUGGAGACAGAUGCGAGGGAGAGCCCCGACGAGAUGGGCAAAGGGGGGCAGGUAUUGCCAUCCUCGAGUGAGUUUGUACAGACAUGCUGCCUGUUGUGUCAUCGAGAGAAGAAAGAUUGGGUGGGUUCGACUCCGCACAAUGGGUUACUGUCACCCGUGGAUGAAAUUCCUGCCUCAUUCAUGCCCUCUUUAGCACAGAACCUUCUGGGUGAAAUGCCACUGUGGAUUUGCCAGAGUUGUCGGAAGAGUGUAGAAGAAGAAGAAAGGCAAACAGUCCCAGAGCAGCCAUUAGCGGUCUCCUUGUCGCACACAUCCUGCAAGUCACAAACCUGUGGUGGCGGUUCACACUCCUCUUCCUCCUCCUCAUCGUCAUCAUCUUCCUCCACAUCCUCAUCCUCCUCCUCUUCUUCGUCUUCAUCUUCUUGCCAAGGUAACUCUGGGGACUGGGACCCUAGUUCCUUUCUGUCUGCUCACAAGCUAUCAGGACUCUGGAACUCGCAGCACUCCAAUGGAAACCUUGGAGUUGGAUCUGCAGGGGAAAAAGGCAGUGGUCUCUCUGUAUCGCCAGAACAUGUCAGCAAGUCUUCAAAGCUGUCUGGUUUGAAGGUGUGUCCAUAUAGUCCUUCUGGAGCCAGUACAGGAACACUCCCUACCUCACUUAACUUCUGUAAAUCUCCGAAACAGUUUAAAACCAUGUGUCACAGGCCAUUAUCCCCAGGGGAAGCGUAUCAUUCUUCAGAGCUCCAUCGACAUUCUGAUCCUAGUGCUCCACCAAACAGCCCAACGGGACUCUCGUCACAGCAGCCUACAUCUCCUCACAGUCCUCCACCUCCACACCUUUCGUCAAGUAACUCUUCAACCCCUUUCUCAACAACAGGCCUCUCCUCUCUCACUGCACCAUCUAAAGCCACUGUCUGCACCAGCUCUGGAGCUCACAGAGGCGGUCAUUUAACAGGGUCUAGCCCAUCCCUCCUGAAAGUCAAUCCACCUCCACCACCACUCUCAGCCUGUAGCCAUCCCUGUAAUGGGCAUUGUAGUGGACCAAAUGCACUUCAAGGAGGAACCAGCCCGGGGACCACUAGCAGGGAUUCAACAUGCAGAGGACACAAAUUUUCUAAUGUAUCAAACUGCUUGGCCACACAACCCUGUGAAGCAGAUGAAGGGCUUGGCGAAGAUGAAGACAGUAGUUCAGAACGCAGCUCAUGCACUUCUUCCUCCACAAACCAGAGAGACGGCAAGUUCUGUGACUGCUGCUACUGCGAGUUUUUUGGCCACAACACGCCUCCUCCAGCCCCAACUAGUCGAAAUUACCCAGAGAUGCGUGAGAAACUUAGAUCACGUCUCACCAAGAGAAAAGAGGAGGUACCACAAAAGAGACAUCCUCCGGGGGAGCAGACGGCUGUGGACCAUCGAGAUGUAGACGAACUCCUUGACUUUAUCAACAGCACUGAACCUAAGAGCACUAGCAGCAACAAAGCAGCCAAGAGAGCCCGACAUAAGCUGAAGAAAAAGGAAAAAGCUCUUCAGGAGGCUGGGAGCCAGAAAUCAUCUGAUGUUUAUUGUACAAAUAUUGAAGAAGCAGGGACUCAGUCUUCUGGAGAAAAGCUACUCCAGUGGCCUCAGUUGGAGCUAGAAAGGGUAAACAGCUUCUUGACCAGUCGGCUGGAGGAGAUCAAGAAUACCAUCAAAGACUCUAUUAGAGCCAGUUUUAGUGUUUAUGAUCUAAACCUUGAUGUCAAUGACUUUCCCAAAAAAGCAGCUGUGCUGGAGCAGAAAAACCUGCUUUCACACCUUAAUGGAUCUUCUGAUCUCCAAGAGAUUGAUUUAGAUCUUACACCUCUUACUCUUAGUGUCUCAAAGAGCCAAGAAGCAAAACUGACAGAGGAUGAUGUCCACCCUUCUUCACAAUCUGCAGAAAAUGGUGUUGUGAAAAGGUUAAGUGCUGUACCAAAUCUUUCGCGUAUGAUCUGGGUUCAGUCUCAAAAGAACUCUGAAUCGGGACAAAGUCCGGACACAACUACUGGCUCUGCCCCGGAUAAGGUUCUUUCCAGCUCGGAAGAUCAGGGACUUCAGGGGCCAUCUGUAACUGGAAGUCGUGUGAAGAAGAGCAAAAAACAAAGCCUCCAGACCCGAAAGUGUGAGCCUCAGAAUGGAGAGGCUUUACCAGCCAAGACACCCGCACAAGGAACAAAAGCCCAGCAGAGGCCCUUACUUGAAAAAACUGAGGACAUUUCAAGACAAGGACCAGACACUGUGAAUUGUAUUCAUUUUAGGUCUGAAAAAGAUAAGCGUGAGGCGGGAUCUGAGAGGACUGAUAUGAAAUCCAGUAGUGGUAACAAAAGCAAAUCCAGGAAAAGUAGGAACAAGAUGGAUAAACCAAGUAUCUCAGUUGAUGAUGUUUUCCUUCCAAAAGAUUUAGACAGCAUGGAAAUGGAUGAAAUUGACAGAGAAGUAGAGUAUUUUAAAAGGUUCUGUCUGGACUCUGCCAAACAAACACGCCAGAAAGUGGCUGUCAAUUGGACCAAUUUUAGCCUGAAGAAAACCACUUCCAACGUGGCACAGUGAUGCCUGCACUUUCUGACAUUUUCCUUCUCUAACUCACCAAUACACCUUCUGUACUAUACAAAUGACCCCUAGUUCCCUGCUAUUCUGUUCUGCACUGUCACAAGCGUUUGAGGGAUUUUAAAAAUAUUUCCUCCUUUCAUUUUUUUUAAAUAAAAAAAAAAUUGGCAAAGUACCAUUUCCAGUGCAUCCCCUCUGGCCCACACAUUGUUUUUUUUCCCAAUCUAGGGAUGAAUGAACUCAACAUCUUCUGCUAAGAAGAACACCCCUUUUUAUUUGCCAUGAUUGUCUAUAACCACUUUCUCUUUUUAAGAUUUACUUCUGGGUCUUUUCAGUCUUCAGAAUUCUAAUACGUAGGUCAACCUAGGCAAUAAUAAUAAUAAUCUAAUAAUAAUGUACCUUUUUGUAAAGACUGCCCGGUAUAUAAAGUGUGAUUUCAAAUCCAGUUCUUAAAUUUCCAAUCAUUCUAUUUUUCUGGUCAACCAAGAACACAGCCAAGCAAUUUAAAGAUACAUAUUCUUAUUGGAGCUAAAAUAUCAACAACAACAACAACAUUUUAAAUUCACAUUUUUGUUUUUCGUUGUGUGUGUGUGUGUGUGUUAGGGUUUUUUUUUUUUUUUUUUUUUUUUUUUUUUUAAAUUCGUUGACUUAGUUUUCAUUCUGUAAAUAAAUGUGUAUGUGCACAUGCCCAUUGACAGCAUGUGAUGUCCUAUUUUACACCAUCCUUUCAUUCAGAUGGUACACUUUAAUGUACUUGGAACUGUUACACAAUAAAUUGCCUGAUCAAUGCCUUCUGUGAAAACCCGGACUAUAGUUCUGGGUGAAUACACGUUUCCAUCCUGCCUUGUAAGUCCUGACAACUUCAAAGGUCAUAGAAGCCGAUCUGAUUUAUAAAAUAAUCCUUAUUCCAGUCAAGAACUACUGGUGAUGGAAACGGUGAACUAGACGUAUUUCUAGAUGAGAACUCUGGUUAGAAAUUAGUCCCUAUCCUGUUCUUCCAGUAAGGGGAAGAAAAAUAAUAGAAUGGUCAGAAGCCACAAUAGUGUGGUAUAUUAUCCCACAUUUCUUUUUAUCAAGCACUUGCAUCCCUCCUAUUCUUCACUUUGCAUCUUGUGUGACACCUUCAGAAGGGUGUAAUGGGAGGUACUUGACCCUUUUAACUAGAGCUCCCUUUUAAUAGUCCCUGAUCCUUUGCUAUGUGUAUUCCCCUUGCAUCUCUUUCUACCAACCAAAAUAUUGUAUCUGGCUUCAAUAGAGUGAAACAGAAAAUGUCUUUUUUUUUUUUUUUUUCUCUCUGUAUUUUCCUUUCACAUUAUUUUUACCUGACAGCUGGUGCUAUGCUCGAAUAAACCGUAGGACUUUGGCCUUGUGGAUAAGCUGGUCCUCUGGAUUCGAUAUUGGAUUUUAUUAAUGUUCUGUUCGCCAAGUGUAUAUUGGCUUUGCUGUGUUUUUUUUUUUUUUUGUUAUUUUUUUAUUUUACUUUUUUUAUACUGUGAAAAUCUUUCAUUCAGAAAGAUUAAAUGACAUUUGGACA